AUGGCCUCAUUACGCAGGGCCAAUGGCUCCAAUGUAGACGGAAACGGCAACGGCCGUGCCCAGGCCGACAGCGUGUGCACGAGUUCAUUUAUCGUGUCUAAUAUGCACUGUCCAACCUGUGUCUCAGCCAUCAAGCACGACAUAAACGAGAACUUUCCCGGCAGCAUCCGAUGGGUUUCACCAAACAUUGUGACCUCGGUCGUCACCGUGGAACACGACCCAGCCGUCACCCCCAAGAGCAUGGCUGACGUUCUGGAGGAGGCCGGCUAUGAGGUGUCUGGUAUCAGCUCAACAGCUACCGGUUCCGAGGGUUCUGCAUCGCAGGUCGACGCCACUGUCCAGUGUUGCGACGAGGACAGCACAGGUAAGGCCCGUCCAAACCCUUCUUCAGCACUCUCGAACUGGCUUUCUGGAGACCGGUCGCGGUCAGAAGCCGCCAGGGUUCAUCUGUUAAACUGCGAGCAAUGCCGUAACUCUCAGGCGGCAUCGCCCACCAGAGAGGUCACCCAUGAUCAACCUAACGGCACACUUUCGCAGUCAGCAUCUUCUGCAGGCAGCCGACGUCCUUCAUCGGCCCAGCCGUCAGCUCCGCCAAAAAAGUCAACCACCAUGUCGUUCGUCACGGUCGACUCGGAUGAGAGCAGCUCUCCGGAGUCUUGGCGGGCGACGCUUGCCGUGGGCGGCAUGACAUGCGCCUCCUGUGUCAACACCAUCAAGGACGCCUUGGAGAAGAAGGACUGGACCACCGCAGUUGCCGUCAAUCUCGUGACCAACAGUGCGGCUGUCGACUUCGUUGGAAAGGAGCACGCUAACGACAUAGUCGAGUCCAUCGAGGACAUGGGCUAUGAGGCAGCUUUGGACAAGGUCGAGCCCAUCCAGGAGGAGAAGACCGAGAGCCGCGAGAGGACGGUGGAGCUCGCUCUUCAGGGCGUGUACUGCAAACACUGUCCUGCCCGUGUCGUUAACAGCUUGGCGGGUUUCCGCCGGCAUCUAUGGAUCAUCACGGAGCCAACUCAGGCCCGGCCCAUCAUGAAGAUCUCUUACGUGCCCGAUGCUCCCAGCUUCACCAUACGCCAGAUUCUAGCAGCUGUGGAAGCCAGCGACCCGGCCCUGAGAGCUUCUAUUCAUCACCCACCGAGUUUGGAGGAGCGAUCCAAGGCGGCUCAGCGAAAACACCAAUGGCAAUUGCUAUAUCGGGCCCUGGGCACCUUGAUUGUCGCCAUCCCAACAUUCAUCAUUGGCAUCGUGUACAUGUCUCUAAUAUCGGAGGGCAAUCCUAGCAAGGACUACCUCAUGAUGCCGUGGACUUCAGGUAUCAGCCGCGCCCAGAUCGCCCUGUUUGUCCUAUCCACGCCUGUUUAUUUCUUCGCUGCCGACGUCUUCCACAGGCGCGCUAUCAAGGAGAUCAAGACCCUGUGGCGGAGGGGAAGUAAGGUUCCCAUCCUGCGCAGGUUCUAUCGCUUUGGCAGUAUGAACACUCUUAUGUCUCUCGGCACCACGAUUGCCUACAUCUCUUCAGUAGCACAACUGAUCGCUGCUGGGAUUCACAAGCCUGAGCGCGUCAACGACACAGACUUUUACUUUGACUCAGUCGUCUUCCUGACUCUUUUUCUACUCUUCGGAAGAUGGAUUGAGGCGUACAGCAAGUCUAAGACUGGAGAUGCGGUGUCAGCCCUUGGCAAGCUUCGUCCCACAGAGGCCGUUCUUGUCGAGCGCGAUGCCGCUGGCAAGGAAACAGACAGCGUUGUCAAGGCCGAUCUGUUGGAUUUCGGAGACACAGUACGCAUUAGACAUGGGUCGUCUCCACCAGCAGAUGGUGUCAUUGUCCAGGGAGAGAGCAACUUCGAUGAGUCCAGUCUCACUGGAGAGGCCCGUCUCAUCAAGAAGGUCGUCGGUGAUGCCGUUUACGCCGGUACAGUUAACAAGGGGCAGCCCAUUGUGCUCCAGAUCACCGGAGCCGCGGGCACCUCGAUGCUGGACCAGAUUGUCAACGUCGUGCGCGAAGGACAAACGAAGCGAGCACCCAUGGAGCAGGUUGCCGAUGUUCUCACCACCUACUUCGUGCCUGUGGUCACUCUGAUCGCCAUCCUCACUUGGAUCAUAUGGAUGGUCCUGGGCCUCAGUGGAGCCCUCCCAGAAGAUUAUCUUGAUGUCACGUCCGGUGGCUGGGUUGCCUUCGCCCUGCAAUUUGCCAUUUCUGUCUUCGUCGUCGCUUGCCCCUGUGGUCUCGGCUUGGCCGCCCCCACGGCCAUCUUCGUUGGAGGCGGACUCGCUGCAAAAUACGGUAUUCUGGCAAAGGGAGGCGGUGAGGCCUUUGAGAAGGCCAGCCGGAUCGACUGUGUUGUUUUCGACAAGACAGGUACGCUGACCGAAGGUGGCCAGCCUAGCAUCACAGACUUCAGCUACUAUCCCGACAACGUCAGUGAAUGUGAGGGAAAGGAGGCCAUGCUUGCCGCCGUCAAGGCUGUCGAAGAAAGCAGCAGCCAUCCAGUCGCAAAAGCCAUCGCUUCGUUCUGCUCGAACCAGGAGAUCGACCAAGACGUCAGGGUUGAUGACUUGCAUGAGAUUCCCGGCAAGGGCAUGAAGGCCAAGUACCACAGCGGAAAUAAGGACUUCGAAAUUCUCGUGGGCAACGAGGCCCUCAUGUUGGAAAACCGCGUACAGAUUUCGAAUAGAGUCAUCGAACUACUACACAAGUGGAAAGGCGAGGCGAAAUCCAUCGCCCUUGUUGCGACCCUGCAGACAACAUCACAACCGGCAAGCGAGACGGCUGUGGACGGUGGAUCACCCAGCGGAGAAGCAUCCACGAGUUGGUGGGUUAUUGCCGCCGUACUCUCGAUAGCAGACCCCAUCCGCCCCGAGGCUCCUACCAUCGUGCGCGCCCUUCAGUCCCGUGGAACCCGCGUCUGGAUGCUCUCGGGAGACAACGAGAUCACGGCCCGAGCAGUAGCACAACGCAUCGGCAUCCCUCCCGACCAGGUCAUUUCUGGCGUCCUGCCGACACAGAAGGCAGAUAAGAUCACCUAUCUGCAGUCGACGCUCAAGGCCGACAAUGAGAAGUCGGAGAAGCGCGCCACGGUCGCCAUGGUGGGUGACGGGAUCAACGACUCGCCUGCGCUGACCAAGGCGGACGUCGGGAUCGCGAUCGGGUCCGGGUCGGACGUGGCCAUCAGCUCGGCCGAGUUCGUGCUGGUCAAGUCGGACCUGUGGAGCGUGGUGACUCUCCUGGAGCUGUCGCAGGCCGUCUUCCACCGCGUCAAGGUCAAUUUCGCCUGGGCGCUCGUCUACAAUCUGGUCGCCGUGCCCGUCGCCGCGGGAGUCUUAUACCCCAUUGUCAGCCGCGGCAGCCACGUCAAGCUCGACCCCGUCUGGGCCAGCCUGGCCAUGGCGCUGUCGAGCAUCUCCGUCGUCCUCAGCAGCCUCGCGCUCAGGAGUGGCAUCCCUGGCAUCGGGUUCAGGGAGAGGACGCGACAGACCACGCUUUAG